AUGGCUGCGUUCCCUAUCGAAGAUUCUAAUGUCUUUGAAGACCUUAUAAACCGUCCCGAACCUUCUAUCUGGUACUUCUUCACUGGAAAUGAUGGCCCUGGCCCAGAAUUCCAACCUUUACUGUCUGGUGCCGUUGGGAUAGAAGCUUUCUUUGUUGACAUUGACCAAUGCAAUGUUCAACGAGACCUUAACAAAUUGCCACAGACAGUUCUGUACAAGGGUGGCGAGGAAUUGGGUGUUGCUUAUGGAGGCGAUAUGGACACAUUUUUUGAGCUUUGUGAGAGGGGGCAAUCAGAGGCAUAA